GUUUGGCGCGAGAUUUUUCUUAGGUAUUAUUUUAAUCCGACGCUCAUCUUUUUGCUCUCACUCCCUCUUCUCUCUCUCUCUAGAGUUUCCUUUUACUGCUCCCAGAUCUUCGAUCUUGAAGAUUUAUUUGGGUGGAUCUACACGACCAAGGAUCAAACAUGCCUCGCGGAGGUUCCUCCAGGGAGAGAAGGGUGGAAACAGAUUCUCAUCAGAACCCGAAUACAAUGGGCUGCAGCCCAAAGAACUCCACUCUGACUAAAACGCUAAAUGUAAGCCCUUGUAGGAGGCAAUCUUCACGGCUCAGGGCAUUAAAUGCUGUAUACCAGGCUGAAGAUGCAAUCAGCUCAGAACUUCAGCAAGCUAGUGGAGACAGCAGUCACCAUUUUUUCACCCAGACAAAGGCAGAAAGCAUUGAAUCCACUGAUGAUCCUAGUAUCACUGAGACUUUGAAGGAUCUGAGGAGAAGAUGCAAAUCUAAAAAGCGGAAAGCGCUGAACCUUGCUGAUUCCUCAACUUCUGAUCAGAGUCAUGCUCUUGUGAAACCAAAAGAAGAGGAGCCUGACCUUGAGGAACCUCUUAUUUUUUUGAAAUUGAAGUCGUCAAAUAAAUCUAGAGGCAGAAAAGAAAAAAGACUUUCACAUCAUUCGGAGUCGGUUUUAUCCGUAGAAGGAAUAACUGCACUGGCGUGUUAUCCCUCUUUCAAUAGGAAAGAAGAUUUUUCACUUAUGCCAAAUUACAGAUCAUUGACUGCAGAGGAAGUAGCCUUUAUAGAUGAAUCGAAUAGUACACCAGAAAGCAUUAACGAGAAUUCGGAAGUGAUUUCCGAUAAUGAUCAAAUUCAUGUUGGCAGUCCAGAGUUAGUUUACACCAUCAAAAGUGAGAUCGUGGAGACUUGUAAUACUGUUAGUUCUAACUCGGUCAUCAGUGGCAACUGUAGUGCUCUUGGUGAACUGUCUCAUAAAAUAUGUGAAGAGUCGGUAGAUGAUCAGUCAUAUUCUGCUAGCAAAAUUCUACCUCCAUGUGUUAUUAGUUAUCAAGAAACGGGUAGGCACAAUUAUUCUCCCUCAGCAGGAUCACAAAUGGGGGCCAGUUUUCCAGUUGAUGCUUCAAAAUCUGUUAAUGAAGUUAAAAGCGAGGCUGUUGAAGCUGGUUCACUAGAGACUAUAAGUGCAGGUCAUAUUUCUGCCACUUCUGAUUUGGAUUGCAUCGGAGAUUUAAAUAAUCCUGGCAGCUCAUGUAGUAAAGUACAAGAGAGAAUGGAUGAAGGUGAGUUAGAUCUAGCAGCUGAAACUUCCUUCACAACAGAACCUAUAGUUUGUUGUAUUAAUGAAAGCCCUUUCGAAUUCAUGGACAUAGACAACUAUCUUAAUUUUUCAGAAUGUGGCAAAGAACCUCUUGAAGAGACGGACAAGGAUGUCAAUCCUCCAAGAAGCAACGAGGAACCACUAGAUUGUUGUGUCAAUCAAGUUUCUCUUGAAUUCAUGGAAACUGACAACUGCACCAGUCUUCCAGAAAGAAGCAUAGAGCAAUAUGAGGAUAAAAUAGAACUAGAUUCUGCAGAAAGGUCCUGCCACAAAUUUUCACCUUCUAAAACUGAGACCCAAACACCUUGUGCUUAUAAUUCUCAGUUGGUCUCAGCAACUACAAAUCUUGGUACUGAUGUUUGUGGUGAAGAUAGAAACCUUAACAGUAAAUUGGGGGAGGUUAUACAUCAAGGUGUAAUGACUCAAUUAGAUAAUUUAGCUGUAGCUGAUUGUCAAGAAUGCACAGCUGACAAUAAUAGUACAGAAUUUCACACAGCCAAACAAUUUGAAAAUAAUGAUGAUGAAAUACUGGUUCCCGAUAUUCCAAUAUGCAAUCGUGAAAAAAAUGCGUCCGGUUUCAGUGAGGAAGUUGGUUCUCUUGGUAGCCUAGUUUUCAAAGCACUUUGUGGUGAUGCACGGAGAAAUAGUAAUGAAGGUCAUUUCGAUUCUCACAUUGACAAGAGUUCCCUAUUGGGAAUAUAUUAUCCCUGUCUUCCUUGGUAUUCAGGCACAUCUUGUGACUCUGUUGAAGAUUCACAUGCUGCUGAUGAAAGUUCUCCUGGAACUGAGAGUUUCCACUAUUCUACCUUGGAUCAAAACAGCUCUCUAGGAGAGAAAGCUAACACUUCCGAAGUCGAUGAAGCAGAACUCGUUGAAGAACCUGAUUGCCAUUCUCCUCAAGUUUCCCCUUCAGAUUCCAGUGCAGUUAACAAUGUAAAAGACAGUUCAUCAGAGUCUUCAGAAAAAGUUCAACCUUCAGCAGAAAAUAUGUUAUCCUCACCUGUAGAGAUGCCGACUAGCCGUUCUCCAGAAAUGUCUUAUUUAGUUAAAGAAGAGGGAUCCAACAUGGAGAAUGAACUCAAAUUAUCUCCAAUAAAGCUGUUAUCAAAUAGGAAGGAGUUUUCUCCGACUUCUCAGGAAAAGCUUCGUUGGGCUUUACAUGUCAAUAAGUCAGAUGAUAUGAUCAAAACUGCAGAUCAUGAGGAAAAUGAAGUGAUGCUGAGUUCAGAGAGAAAGAGAGCAAAGAACAGAAGGAAUCGCUCAUUUCAACUGCUUUCCAAAGGAACCCUCAGAUCGCAAGAUCCUUCUGAUGGAAAUUGUUCUUGCUCAAAUAGCACCUUCAUCCACAUCCAGGCCCAGAAAGCAGUAACAUUUUCGCAGAGGCAGAUGCAAGAUAUAGAAAAUAUUGCAACCAAACUCUUAAACGGGUUGACAUCUAUGAAAAAUAUCAUGGUGGAAAAUACAGGUUCAGAUGAACUACGAUCUGAUGAGAUCAGAAUGGCUAUCAAGAAUGCAUCAAAUCUUGAAGCUACCACAAGAAAAUGGAUGUCUAUGAUGGCAAAGGACUGCAAUCGAUUCUGUAAAAUAAUGAAUGUAACAGAGAACAAGGGAGCUUCACCUACUGCUGUUAGGAAGCAACGAAAGAAAAUAACUUUUGCCGAUGAAGCUGGUGGCUCCCUUUGCCAUGUCAAAGUUUUCGACCAACUACCUGCUUCUUUAUAGUGCUCAGAAUUGAUAGCAAACAUGGAACUUGUGAGCUGAGCAUAAUUUAUUGCUUGCUUAAGCAUUCUAAUAUACUGAUCAAUCUUCACUGCAUGUAAACACUGAAGUUUUUGUGACUGAAAGGAGUGCAGAAUUAAUGUAACGGUUUUUGAGGAAUUUAAAUUACCUGAAGUAAAGAUUCUUGUUGUAUUAAUUAUUUGUGGGAUAACCAUUCUGUAAUUUAGUGUAAUGAGUGCAGCUGGAACAUUGUAUAUGGAUGUAUUUUCUGCAAUUGUUUCUUUCAUUCUGUGUA